AUGCACCUAGCGACGCAAUACAUGGAUCUGGACUUCUUUGUCCUGAUUUCGUCCCUGUCGAGUGUCCUUGGACUCACAGGCCAGUUCAGUUAUGCUGCUGCCAACCAGUUUCUGGAUGGACUGGCACACUACCGUCGGGUAUCUGGCUUGCCAGGGCUUUCUCUGAAUCUCGGUUUGUUGGGAGAAUUUGCUGGCAUGUCUCAGAAAUCGGCGCAUAAUGAUAGGGUCCUGGAAAUCCUGCAGUCGGCAGGGUUGUCGCCCAUGAGUAUUCCGGCAGUACUGUCCGCUUUUGAGCGUGGCAUCCUCCACGAUGCUACCCAACGUCUGGCUGCUAGCAUUGAUUGGUCUAUGUUCCUCACUGCGUACCCUCACCUCGCUCACGAUGGUGCUUUCCUGGGCUUGAAGAAUCAGCAGGCGGAAAUUGACGGAUCUGAAUCCACCCGAUCGAUUGCCAACCUAUCUGGACAAGAGCGGCUGGCAAUGAUCGCCGAUACAUUAUGCUCCGGGCUCGCCAAAAUUGUUGGCGUCGAGCCGAGCCGGAUUUCCCUCACGGAGAAAAUCAGCCAAUACGCAUCUGAUUCCCUGACUCUCACGCAGCUUCGAAGUGUUAUUUUGCGUGAAGUUCGGGUUACGUACCCUCUCAUGAGGCUUUUCGAAGGGCCCAGUCUCCUGGAAAUUGCGGCAGAGCUUGACGGUUCAUUUCAAAGUGGUUCUUCCGAAAACCAAAACCAUACUGAUGUCGCCAAUCGCUUGCCUGAACAAGUCGCCCCUGCAGGGUUGUCGAUUUUGUCGAAGUGGUUCAUUCGGGGCAACUCAGCCAACAGAUCCAGUCCCCGGCUCCUAUGUUUCCACUCAAUGGGUGUGGGGGCCUCUCUUUUCACACACUUCCUGACGGACCCGCCGGACGGGUUGGACCCAAUUGCAGUACAACUGCCAGGUCGAGAGAGCCGGGCCGAUGAAGCAGUUGCAACCAGCAUGUCAGAGAUUGUUUCCGGCAUUCUCGGCGAGAUGGAGAAGGUAGUGGGAACCCCCCACAUUUUCUGGGGUCACUCGUUCGGGGGCAUAGUCGCCUUCGAAGUGCUUAGGGCUCUUCGACGACAAGGGAAACCACUCCCACGCCUUUUAUUAACCGGAACCAUUGCACCACAGCUCAUCCAACUUUGGCAGAGACGAGAUGUGUUGCUCCAGAGCUUAAGAGAAGACUACAGCCCCGAGUAUUUGAUGGCUGUAUCACGGUAUGUAGAUGACGCCGACUUUGUCCGCUCGAUUCUGCCGUUGAUGAGGAGGGACGCACCAUUACUGCUAGACUACCGGUUUAGUGAAGAUGAUCCCCUAGAUGUGCCGAUCACAGCAUUUGCGGCACGUCAGGAUGAUAUGGUAUACCGUGACGAGAUCGCAGCUUGGAAGAGACAUGCGAAGGAAUUUGCUUUGAUUGAGGUUGAUGGAGACCAUUGGUUUUUACACCGGAAUCGGAAAGUAUUGCGGGAGACGUUGGCGACGAUGGUAGGCCAGGUGCAGUAG